CCCAAAGUUACGUCACAGGGAAUUUCCAGUAAGGAAGUCAAGCUGUCUAUUCAAACGAUCGCGUAGAUCUCGACAUGAUUUACUGUGUCCAUUCGCGACAGGCGAUUAAAAUCGAUUGAUCGAUCUAUCGAUCUGCCUUUUAACCUCAGUGGGUCUUCUCCAGAUUCAUGUCUAGCAGACGCGCAACAAUCACCCUGACUAAGGAACCUGCCUUGAACUGACUUUCUAUCAGCUUACAUUAGUUGACUUCAGCGCAACAUGAAGAAAUAACUUGUUUCUGAAUCCCAGAUCUCAGCUGUUUGAUGUUGAUUCUGAACCUCGGAUAUCAAUCAGGAAAGGAAUCAUGGCUGGAGAGGAUCCAUACCAUGGAGUGUACAUGGAACCUAUUGCCCCUUUCAGUGAUGACACAAUAUGGAUGACCAUGGACCCGACAACGUUCCCGGGCAUCCACAACAAUAAUGUUAUGAGGACAGUCGACGGACCUUAUCUGCGAAUUGUCGAACAACCAAAACAGAGGGGCUUCAGGUUCCGCUAUGGAUGUGAGGGCCCCUCCCACGGAGGACUCCCAGGGGCCUCCAGUGAGAAGAACAGGAAGUCUUACCCACAAGUGAAGAUCUGUAACUAUCAGGGUGCCGCUCGAGUGGUAGUUCAGCUGGUGACCCACUCCACAGAGACCCAUCUUCAUGCUCACAGCCUGGUGGGCAAACAGUGCGAUAAAGGAAUCUGCAUUGCCGACUUGCAGUCCAAAGAUUCAAGCAUCAGUUUUCCUAACUUGGGCAUUUUGCACGUGACAAAGAAGAACGUAAGUAAAGUUUUGGAAGAGAGGAUGAUCGAGGCCUACAGGAUGGGAUAUAACUACGGCAUAUCCAUCCAUCCUGAGAUUGAUGCCCUACAAGGAGAGGUUCGCAUGCCCAGAGAACUCACAGAUACUGAGAGGAACCUGAUUAGCAGUGCAUCAAUUCAUCAGUCAAAGGAGAUGGAUCUGAGCGUGGUACGGCUCAUGUUCACAGCCUUCCUGCCCGACAGUGACGGAGGGUUCUCCCGCCGACUGGAACCAGUCAUUUCAGACCCCAUCUUUGACAGCAAGGCCCCAAAUGCCUCCAAUCUGAAGAUCGUGCGUAUGGAUCGGACUGCCGGGUGUGUGACGGGAGGAGAGGAGGUCUAUCUGCUGUGUGAUAAAGUCCAGAAAGAUGAUAUCCAGGUGCGGUUUUAUGAAGAAGAUGAGUCGGGUCUAACCUGGGAGGCCUACGGGGAUUUCUCCCCCACCGAUGUCCACAGACAGUUUGCCAUCGUCUUCAAGACACCUAAAUAUCGGGACCAGAAUCUCCAGAAGCCCAUCUCUGUGUUUGUGCAGCUAAAAAGGAAGUCAGACAAUGAAACGAGUGAACCCAAGCCUUUCACCUACCAUCCACAGAUUAUAGACAAAGAAGAAGUCCAAAGAAAGAGACAGAAGACACUGCCAAACUUUCAGGACUACAGUGGAGCAGGAGGAGGAGCUGGGGGCAUGUUUAGAGGAGGAGGGGGUGGGUCUACAGCAGGGGGCGGUCCCAGUGGAGGAGGAGGACAUUACUUCCAGGGAUAUCAAACCUAUAACAAUUACGGGCCUGGAUACAACUUCUCCUCAGGCAUGGGAGGAGGCGGGACCACCAUCAAGCAUGCGUAUCAAGAACCAGUGGAAGACAGUGAUGAAGACAGUGAUAGUGAUACCGAUAAUGAUCAGGCAGCAGGUGGGGUGGUGCGAAUCUGUGCCCAUCCUGAACCUAUUGAUUUGGGAGUGGCAAGUGAGGACACAGAGCCUACAGAAAAUCUGGAGUUAAACACCACAUGCUGUGUGUUAGAGCCGCAUUUGGCUGAGCUAGCUGGAAGACAGGCUCAAGCUCUCUUUCAUUACGCAGUAAGCGGUGAUGCUAGAAUGCUUCUGGCUCCACAGCGCCCCCUCAUGACCACUCAAGACGAGAACGGAGACACGGGUUUACAUCUGGGAGUGAUCCAUAGUCAGACAGAUGCCGUGCGAAAUCUAGCACAAGUCAUCUCGGCUCUCCCCGGAGAGGGCAUACUCAACAUGAGGAAUGAUCUGUACCAGACUCCUUUGCACCUAGCAGUGUUGACACAGCACAAAGAGGCGGUUGAGGCCUUGUUGGAGGCCGAGGUGGAUGUCACACUCACAGAUCGCCAUGGAAACACGGCACUUCACCUGGCGGCUCAGCAGAAAGAGGAUAGCGUGCUGCGAUUGCUGCUAAAGUACAAAUCAGUGUCACAAUUAACCAGCAUCCCCAACACAGCAGGUCUCUGUCCGCUUCACCUGGCUGUACAGGCAAACAGUUUGAGUUGUGUGCGAGCCCUGCUGGAUGGCGGGGCAGAUGUGGACGUUCAGGAGAUCACAUGUGGCCGCACAGCACUUCACCUGGCCACAGAGCUGGGAAACCUUUCCCUUGCCGGCUGCCUCCUGCUGGAGGGUAAUGCAUACGUAGACAGUGUCACCUAUAAUGGUUCAACUCCUCUGCACAUUGCUGCAGGACGUGACUCAACCAAACUGUGCGCGCUCCUGAUGGCUGCAGGAGCAGAUCCUCAUAAAGAAAACUUUGAACCACUGUUCUUCAAAGAAGAUGAGUUGUGUGGUACAUGUGAGGAGGAGGAGGAGGAAGAUGAAGGCUAUAUUCCUGGGACAACCCCUAUGAACAUGGCAACCUCCCCAGAGGUCUAUGACAUUCUUAAUGGAGAAGAGUAUCAGCUCACCACCACUGUUGUUCCACCACAAGGUGACAUGAAGAGCUUGAGCUCUGACACAAAGCAGGAGCUGUGUCAGGCCCUGGAAGGACAGACAGGAGGCUGGGAGAGUCUGGCUCAUGCUCUGGGGCUUGGCAUCCUGACCAGCGCCUUCAGACUCAGCUCCUGCCCUGCUGGAAAGCUGCUGGACAGCUAUGAGGUGUCUGGAGGAACGGUGCGUGAGCUGGUUGAGGGACUGAAGCAUGUUGGGAACAGCAGCGCUGUCAGUUUACUCCAGGCCAUGUGCAAGGAGCCUGAAGCUGUCCACACCACGCCUCAGCUCACAGGUCUAGGGCUCUGUAAGUCCAUUCAGGGUUUGACACUGGGCCCCCAUCAGGAAGAGAGUGGGAUAUGUGACAGCGGGGUGGAGACCUCUUUCUAGAGCACCAACCUCAGUCUUGCCGACUCCAAACACAAUCGCACAAACUGAGGCCUGACCCUAAAAAACAGCUUCUCCCUCCUCACUACAGCACCACUCAACCUCAGGAUACGCCUCCAAACUCUUUGAUUGGUCACCGCCCACUGUGGAUGCUCCACCCAAAAUGUAAAUGAGGGAACUUUGAGGAGUCCUUAAGGUUUCUGGCCACAGGGAUUUUCUUCAAUUUUAAAUUGAAUUUUAUUUUUUACUUUUAAUAAAAAUAAUACCAAAAAGCACUUAUUUGAACAUUUUAUUUUGUCAUUUUAUAAGAGCUAUAUGUCCUUGGUCGUUUUUAAUUUCCAAGUGGUUAGUUUCAGUUGUGCUAAAGCUGAUUCAGCAGAUGAAGUCCAGUGCCCAUACGUAACAUCUAUAGUUACAUUAAGAAACUGGUUUGAUGAGUCUGGCCUCAACUAUUUGUUUCGUUUUGUUAUUAUAUUUUAACAAACAAUCCGGUUUAAGAACAGCACCUUCAGUUUAUAUAAUGUGCAGACUUCCUUCUGAAGCCAUUUGCUUACAAAGGGUUUUCAUCUGUAGCGCAACUGCAGUGACGUACUGUAUAGGAAGAGGAAGAGUGUAAGAGGAGGUCUACUGGAUUAUUAUGACCCUCUCGACCAAUCCAAUCUGUUGGAUGAUGGAAAAAAAAAACUCUUCUCUUCAUAAAAAAAAAAACCCUCCAAAAAGACCUAUUCAACUGUUGUCUUGCAACCCUUCAGCUGUGAUGUACAGCAUGAUUUGGGGUGGCGAUUGGAUUUAUUUUGCAUUUAGUGGUGCUACCUGUAUUUUGCUCAUGGGUUCUGUUUCAAAAAUUAAUAAGCUUUGAGGGAAUAUUCUCUCUUUCACAUUUUUGAUUGAUUAAAAAGUAAAUAAAAUAAAAAAAAUAAAAAGAACAGGGAGGUCAGUCCUGGGCAGCGAUUGGAGUGUGUUUGACUAGAUUUUGAUAGACUCUGUGUGUGUGUGUGUGUGUGUGUGUCUGUGUGUGUGUGUGUGUGUGUGUGUGUGUGUGUGUGUGUGUGUGUGUGUGUGUGUGUGUGUGUGUGUGUGUGUGUGUGUGUGUGUGUGCGUGUGUGUGUCUGUGUGUGUGUGUGUGUGUGUGUGUUCGUUUGUUUGUGUAUGUGACUUUGAAGAACUUCACAGAAAGUGUGUAUGAGGAUUGUAAUAACCAGAUGCCUCAAAUGCCCUUCAUGAAAUAUUUGUAGUUACAAACAUUGAAUCUCAUUCCCCUCUUCUGUGUGUGAACUCAGGCUGUAUAAAACGAAAUAUCACUCAGAUAAUAUGCUGAUCUAAGAUCAGAUCUGUCCGUGUUUUUUUUUUUUUUUUUUUUGAACUGACUUGUGGACUCGUGUCACCAAAAUGUGUUUAGCUGCCUUAAUAUUUUCAGUGAAUAAUGUUUAAAAAGCAACAAAAUAAUCUGAAACUCCAAAUUAAAGGUUUGACAGGCACUAUAAUGUUUUAUUUUUUAGCUGUAAACUGGUAUUUAUGUCUGUACCCUGUGAAGCAGUGUUGUACAGAGGGAAAACGUGUGCUUUGUAACUGGUUUUAUUGUGAUACUUUUAUAAUAAAACAAUUCAUUGUGUA